AGGAAAGUAAGGGUGCUGGGGAGGGGCAGGGGGAGGGGAAGGGGCAGGGGCAGGCCGCUGCUCCCUGAGCAGGUGGAGGCCCUUAGGCAGAGGGCCAGUAAAUGGGCUGAUGACUUCUCUGGGCCCCAAGCUCCACCAGGCAUCGCUCCUGGUUUGCCUCUUACUGUUGCUGCUGCUGGUUCAAGGAGUGAAGCCCCAGACUGGGGACCCAAAUGGGAAUGGAAGGAGCCAAAAAGAAGAGGGGGCCUCCCCAGUAGUUGAGGGUGAAGAACAGCUAGAGGAGCAAUUUGUGGCUUCAUCAAUUGGAGAGAUACUACAGUUGCUGACGAUGGGGCCCUCAGAAGAGGAAGAGGCAGAAGUGGAGGUGGAGGCAGAAGAGAACACAGCAGUUCGAGACCACCUCUUUGACCUGGCCUUUUGCUUCAACCUCGCCAGCAUCCUGGUUUUUUUAUGAGGGACAUGGAGGCAGAGGUCAUCGCCUGGUUUCUGGAUGAGGAGCUGGACAUCUACCUCCGCUUCAUGAUUGCCUACUGAUUUCCCCGGACCCCAGGGUGACCCCCCCAGGGGAUGUCUGCACUGAUUCUUGCUAGCUUCCACCUUCUGGUCCUAAACCUCGGCCUCAGAUGGUACUUGGGAAGUGGAGUAUAUCUGUUUCAAAAACCACUGCCUAAUUUCUGCCACUAAAACCCCUGGACAUCUCCAUCCUGGGCCAGGGACACCAUAUCCCUCUCCUUUCUCUUCUCCUCUGCCCUGUGAUGGAGAUAACCAGAAGGUUGGGGAUGGGGAGGGAAGCAGCAGCAACAGUAAUAAAACCCCCAAAACAAAUGAAGGUAGCUG